AUGUCGCUCCCAUUGAAUGAGUUACCAGUGCCUAUUUUAGGUAAAACUUCAUUUUCAUCUGCAAACAGAUCAUCGUACAUUUCUUCUGCUGGUUCAGAAAGACAUGCUGCCCUAAUGGAAAAUAGUGAAGCAUUGAGGUCACCAUCUCACUCAUCCAAUCAAGGCUUUCGCUUGCAAUCUAAUGCACACACUAGCCCCAUCUCCAAAAAUUAUUCUUACUUCUCAUCGCCUAUUCCUUCCACUAGCAGAUUAUCUCUAAAUGUAGGUAAAACCGGAUUAGCAAAUAUUACCGCUACUGAUUUGCCCAGGGAAUCAAUUAGCUAUCAGGCUAGAUCUUCUUCAUUUGGUCCACAAAUUGAAUUUCCAUACAGAAAAUCAAAUACAGCCCCAGCUUCGCCUCACCAUUUUAGCACCAGCAACUAUGUGUCUAUCAUUACACCAUCGACGUCCCCUGCUGGCUUAGAAAAUAGAAUGGUAGGAAGCACAGCCCAAUUUUCUCACUUACCUUCACUAAGAGCCGCAAGCAUUCCAAACAUAUCGUGCUCACCAACCUUCCAGGAAACUACAAAUUCCUUAUCUGAUCACUAUUCCGGCAAUAGUACGACGCACAUUUCUAGCGUUAAAAGCGGAACUAUUCUGCCAUCGCUUAGACAUUUACAAUUGUUACCUGAUCGUUCACUACAGGAGCAUUCUAAACUCUAUCCAGACACUGCGAAAAUCAAUGGUGCUUGGAGACAAAAUGUGAUUAGCUGGUGUAAGGAAAAAUCCUAUGAAGAUUAUGUCAAGGUUCAAGAAGAAGUUGCAAAAGUUAGAACUCAAUUCCCAAUCAGUCAGUUGAGGAGUCAUCCUGAGAGCACGAAAAAUCCUAAUAUGCCAAAAAUCCCUUCAUUAUUAAAUGCUAAGGAUCAAUUCGAGAGUUUAUCAAAUUCUCCUUGGAGCUAUGAAGCUCCAGUAACUCCGCCUAUGAGCCCAAGUGUUUCCAAGAGGAGACAAAACUCCAACACAUCUAGUUCGAAACUUCAAAGUGUUACCUAUAAUUUGACACCUAAAACACCCGGUGAUGAUCUUAAGGAUUUCACACCGAUCAUCAGCGAGAGGCUGGUGCAAACCGUAAAAAUGAAACAAAUGGAGACUUACUAUCAAUCUUCACCUGGCCGCCAUAAAAAAACAAAUAGCUUUAAGGCUCUUCAAAUUAAGAAAUUAUUGGACAACAGGGAUGUGCUUUCAAUUAACUCUAAAAGUGGUUUUAAAGUUUCAAAGCCUGGAAGGCCAAUGUCCUCUGUGAUUGUAAGCGGCAUAUCUACGCAAAUAGCCUCAAAGCUUGAAUCAAUAUCGUCCAAUUCCAGCUCCUCCAGUGCAAGUAGCAGUCCAAAGUCAAGCAAACGAAGCUUAUCACGCUCCCCUACAAGGUUCACUACAUUUGUACAACCAUCGACGCCAAGGGAAUAUAAUCAAAAACAAAAAAUAAAUUCUUCUCGUUCGAGAUCAAGGUCCCCAAUUAGACCAUCUACGCCAACUCAACAAACUCCAAUUUACAAAAAUACAUUCCAGAAUUCGGAUAACAGCAAUUACAACGUCAAUAGCGCUAGUGUAUUUAGUACACCCGCUUUAAAAUACGGACAAUCCUCGACAGAGUCUCCAAAUAGUGCUACAUUUAAUAGUAUUGGUGCCCAUACGACGUCCAUUUCGGUUACAACUUCACCUAAACACUAUUAUAGUAGCAAGAAAAUAUCGGGGGGCUCUAAUUCUCCCAAGAGACGCAAGUCGAACCCAACGUUUACCAGUGUCACAAGCACUCCAACUGCUAGCCAUGGUGCAAAGAGUAAAAGCGGAAGCAACAGUCCUAAGAAUGGUGCGUAUCAUCUAAGGAAGUGUGUUUCGUGUAACUCUAGUGAUUCGCCAUGUUGGAGACCAUCCUGGUCUGGUAAGAAGACUGAGCAAUUAUGUAACUCUUGUGGAUUGCGUUACAAGAAGACGAGGACUCGUUGUCUAAACGACGGUUGUCGGAAAAUUCCAACCAAGGGUGAACUAAAUAUAAUGAAAUCACAGGGAUUGGAAAAGGAGUACAACACACAACUUCAACGUGAAGUAGAAGGCUACAAAUGUCUGUUCUGUAACCACAUAACUGAGACACGCUAA